GACGGCGCUCAGACUAGAGCCCUUCUAGAAAGGAGCAUUUUAACUCGAGCCACUGCGCCCAAAAAGCUCAUCUGCGUUAUGUGUGGUGGAGACAACAUUACCCCUGACCCAACAUUGAAAUCCGUCCUCUCCGAACUCGCGCUCAAGAGCUAGGUGGGCCUACCGAGCCAAACUUAGCUCCUGCUCACUCGAAGUAGCUCCAUAUUCCACUUUGACACCACGACCAGCCCAUCAUGUCGUCCACUGAGACCCCCUGGCGCAGCCUCUCUAGGAGCAGUCGCCCUGCUGGCCAAUGCGAGCUGGAGAACAGGAAGAGUUUAUCUCGGGGCUCUGGAAACAACACCAGCGAUGCCGAGAGCAAAGACAUCCCGCCUCGGGCCCAAAGCCCCAAACGCGAGAGGGCAUCAUCCCUGACAGACCUGCCUCCCGACCCCGACGCGAGCCUCACGGAGGAGCAGCGAAAACAGGUCGACAGAGAUCUGGUCACAAGACUAGACUGGAGGUUGAUGCCAUGGCUGUGUCUGCUAUACCUCCUUGCCUUCCUCGACCGGACGAACAUCGGGAACGCAAAGAUCGCAGGCCUCGGCCCAGACCUCGGCCUGGACACUACGCACUACAACAUGACGCUGAGCAUCUUCUUUGUGUCGUACGCCCUGGCCGAGCCCGUCACCAACGUUUUGCUCAAGAGAUUCCGCCCGUCACUGUUCAUCCCCAUUAUCAUGAUCCUCUGGGGAAUCUGCAUGCUCUGUAUGGGUUUCGUCCACAACUGGAGCGGACUCAUGGCGUCGCGGUGGUUCCUCGGGCUCACAGAAGCCGGGCUCUUCCCAGGCGUCAACUACUAUCUGUCCUGCUGGUACAAGCGAUCUGAGUUUGGCAUCCGAGCGGCAAUCUUCUUCUCCGCAGCGGCCAUCGCAGGCUCCUUUGGUGGCCUCCUCGCGGCUCUGAUCGAGAAGAUGGCAGGCAUGGGCGGACGACCGGGCUGGGCGUGGAUCUUCAUCCUCGAGGGCCUACUAACGGUUCUAGUGGGCUUCGCGUCCUUCCGCAUGGUGCACGACUUCCCGGACGAGGCGCGGUUCCUCUCGGCCGCGGACCGCGCGCGCGUGACGCGACGUCUCAAGCUGGACCAGCAGUCCUCGGCGUCGCGCGAGGACUUUAGCUGGGCGCCCGUGAUGGCAGCACUCUCCGACUGGAAGACGUGGCUGGCCAUGUGCGUCUACGCGGGCUGCGACAUGCCCCUGUACGCCUUCUCGCUCUUCCUGCCCUCCAUCGUCGCGGGGCUCGGGUGGGGGGAGGAGGACCAGGGCGGCGGCGCGGUGCGAGCGCAGCUCAUGACGGUGCCGCCCUACGUCGCCGCGGCGCUGCUGACGGUGCUGGCGGGCCGCGUCGCCGACCGCACCGGCCAGCGCGGCCUGGUCAACGUGGCCGCCGCCGCCGUCGGCAUCGCGGGCUUCGCGGUCCUGCUAGCGGCCGAGUCGCCCGCCUGGCGGUACGCGGGGACGUUCCUGGGCGCCGCCGGCAUCUACCCCUGCGUCGCCAACACCAUCUCGUGGACGGCCAACAACGUCGAGGGCGUCUACAAGCGCGGCGUCGUGCUGGGCAUGGUCAUCGGCUGGGGAAACCUCAACGGCGUGACGAGCUCGCACGUGUACUUUUCGCCGCCCAGGUUCGUCGAGGGCCACGCCGUGGUGCUGGGCUUCAUGGCCGUCUUCCUGCUCGGCGGCAGCGUGCUCAUGACGCUGCUGCUGCGGGCCGAGAACGCCCGGCGGCUGCGUGGCGGUCGAGACAGCUGGACCGAGGGCAAGACGCGGCGCGAGGUCGAGGCGCUGGGGGACAUGCGGCCCGACUUUUUGUAUAUCGUCUAG